CGGGAAGCCCGGCCCUGAUAGCUCAACGAACAGUCGAAUCGAAAUUCUUGACAAGACACUUGAUCCUAUCAGCUUCGUAUACGAGACGCUAUAGCGUAGCUAUCAGAUCACCGAUUCUCUCCAGUUAGCCUAAUCAUAUUCUCGCUUCGAAAACGCGUCCUUCCAGCACCACCCGUAUCCUCCUUUCACAAUGGCCGACUACAACUCCCUCUAUCAACACAGCUUGUACCUCUCCCCCGACCAGCAAGACCUUCUUCUGGCCGCGCUUUCUUCCAACAAUCCUCCGCCCAAACAGCAAGCCAACAACCAAAUCAAGAGAUCAACUUCAGAGCCAGACUCCACCCCCGGUAAUGCAUCCUCGAGCAGUUACAAUGUAUCGCCUGGGUUUGACAUCACCCAACCCAACUCCGGUACCUUGGGCUAUGGUGAUGACGAAAGUCCUUUCCUCGACUUCAACCCAGAGCUUGACUUUGACUUUCAAGGUACGGAGAAUUUGAUCGGUGAUUUGCCCGAAGGACUUUCUCUGCCGGACGAUCAUGAAGCAGGCGAGAAGAGAAAGGACAUGGACGGCCCUGCCGAAGAAAAUGAAGGCGCUGGCAAGAAACGAAGGGAGAGUGAUGACAAGACAGCCAAGAAGCCGGGAAGAAAGCCAUUGACUUCGGAACCCACCUCGAAGCGUAAAGCACAGAAUCGCGCAGCUCAACGGGCAUUCCGUGAGCGUAAGGAGAAGCAUUUGAAGGAUCUUGAAACAAAGGUGGAUGAAUUGCAAAAGGCAUCGGAUGAUGCGAACCAGGAAAAUGGUUUGCUUCGCGCCCAGAUUGAGCGUCUGCAGGUUGAACUCAAGGAGUACCGGAAACGUCUUUCCUGGGUUACCAGCACAAACGGGCUCUCGGCUAUGAACGCUAUCCCUGGAGCCUACUCCAAGGGAAAUUACACUGGUCUUCAGAACAAUGAUUUCAUGUUCGACUUCCCCAAAUUCGGCGACCUUCCAGGUGCUCACAUCUUUAACAACGGUCAAUGGGGCAAGAACCAACAGAACAACAAGCUCAAGAACGACGUCAAUUCACGAAGCGAGUCCCGUGUCCCUGGUGUUCUGAGUCGAGACUCACUGAAUGGAAUCAAGACCAAUGGAUCUGCGACGAAUACGCCUAGCCCCAUGUCACAGUCUAACGGUGAACGCUUGGGUUCCAAGAGUACCACGCCCAAGCUUCCAAUGACCCACAAUACUCAGCACGCACCUUCCGUACAAGAUGUUUCAAAUUCUGAUUCUCCGUCUUCUUCGUCCGACUCUCACCAAAGCCAGUUCCUCUCUUCCAGCGGCACCUCCCCUGAACCAUCUGUCAACUCGCCCGCAAUUAAGCACCACACUGACCACAGCAACUGUACUUAUAAUGGAAUCAACGGCGAGGAGUCCUUUUGCGCACAGCUCGGUAUGGCUUGUGGCAAUAUCAAAAAUCCUAUCCCGGCGGUCAGGCACAGCAGUGUCAGCGUCACGAAUACGCCCAGUCAACCUGAGCAGGGUUCGGCAGAAACUGCUCCCGAGCCCGCUCUUGAGAUCCUGGCUCAGCAGAAUGGUGGGCAAUUUGACCCGGUGUUGUUCGGAGAUUGGCGCGAACCACAAGACGCAAUUUUGUCACAAGACUUUGGCACUUUCUUCGACGAUGCAUUCCCGUUGCCGGAUUUGGGUAGUCCUUCGCACAACUUCAGCGAAUUGGCCGGUCAACAGCAGCAGCAACAGCAACAGCAACAGCCUAAGAGGAGUCUGAUUGACGAGAUCGACAGCAAGCUGGAUGAAGAUGAGGUGGUUCCUGGGGAAGACAAGACACAGAUGAUGAGUUGCACCAAGAUAUGGGAUCGCCUGCAAUCCAUGGAGAAAUUCCGCAAUGGCGAACUCGAUGUCGACAACCUCUGCUCAGAGCUGCGCAUGAAGGCUCGGUGUUCCGAGGGCGGCGUGGUCGUCAAUCAGCAAGAUGUCGAAGACAUCAUGGGACGUGCCAAGUAGUUCAUACAAGUCACCAUCGAUCUAUCGACAAGGAAAUUCCAACGCCGU